UUCAAAGGCCAUGCGAAGAAAGAUUACCACCUCUUUGCACUUCAACUGUACCUCCAACAACUGACCUGGAUCGAAAUGUCAGGAACAAGACGAAACUCACCGUCGAGUCGAAGGGAUAUAGGCUUACUGGGUACCGCGAUGCACGCUCUUUCCGCUUUCUCGGGGUACCUUUUGCAAAUCCACCGGUCAAAAACCUGCGAUUUGCACCACCACAAGCCUACAACGGAUCCAAGAAGCUCGAAGCAACCAGCAUGGCACACUCAUGUAUCCAAUCAGUCUCAAGCUUUGGCACGUUAGACUCAGGUGAUAUCUCCGAAGACUGCCUUUAUUUGAACGUUUACACUCCAUUCUUGCCCAUGGAAGCUACAAACAAAACUUCCCUUCGACCUGUGGCGGUCUAUCUGUACGGGGGUGCAUUUACAAAGGGAAGUGCUGCCAUGAUUGACUAUGACGGUGGCAACUUUGCCAGCCGCAGUGAUGUUGUUGUUGUUACGCUCAACUACCGCGUGGGGGCUUUGGGAUUCCUCUCUACCGGAAAGAAGACAACCGGAAGCUACGGCAUUCAGGAUCAGAUAAUGGCGCUCAAGUGGGUAAAGGAACACAUUGCUGCCUUCGGUGGUAACGCUUCCCACGUCACUGUCUUCGGCCAAUCCGCCGGAGGCCAGAGCGCCGUGGCGCUCCUAUCAUCAACCGCUGCGAAGGGUCUUUUCACGGCUGCUUUAGUGCAGUCAGCGCCUUUGGACCUUCCUUGGUUCCCCCGCAGGUUAUACUCGGACUACAUUGCCCCCGAAGUUGGAAAGGCCGUUGGCUGCAAUAACACGCAAUCCGAAUCAAGUUUCCUCAAGUGUCUCAGAUCUGUCCCAGCAUCCAGAUAUCUGGAUAACUCUACUGAAUUCCAAAAUGCCACGCAAUCAAUUGCAUCAAGCAUUGCCACACACUACUACCAAAGCACAGAACUGCUCUCUGCCACCGAGCCAUUUAUGCCUAUGGUGGACGAUUCGGGAUCUGGUGUUAUCGAUGGCCAAUUCUACACCCUCCUCCGAAACAAGUCACUGCCAAUCCGCGUCCCGGUCAUGUUCACUACUGUCCGUGACGAGUCAAGUCUUUAUACCGGGCGCCAGGUCCCCAAUCUUGGAUCAACCCAGCUUGCACUCAAUGUCUUGCUUAAAGCGACCUUUGGUAGCAAACUAGCUCCGAAACUAAUUGCCUCCGGUGCUUUCAAUGUCAAUACCUCGGACCUAGAUGACGUACGAAAUGCGGUUUCUGAUGCUUUAACGCAUAGUGAAUGGUCCUGUGCCCAGGGACAUCUUCUCAACAUCUCAGACUCGGCUUUCCCCUCUUUAUACGAAGUCGAGAUUGAAGAUGGUCAUAUUCAAACGAACACCAGCGUGCCUGAGAUUUGUUCCCCUAACAAUGACUACAACGCUUCAUGUCACUCCUCAGAUGUACUUCUUGCCUGGGGUACACUGAACUCCAAAACGCAGAAUGUGGACCCGUAUUACAAUGACAAAGAUAUUCUGCAUUCCCAGCUCAUUCACGAUAUCUUCGGCGAGUUCUUUCGUACCCGCAACCCGAAUCCAGAUUCUGGGUUUUUGAAGGUCCGGGGGCCGGCUUAUGCCAGUACUCUUGCUGUCACUGCCGGGAAUGAUGCCGGGGUUUCCGGAUCUAACGCAAAAGAUGCGUUUGUCAUUGAGCAAUACCGCAACUCGGAGCGGAACAUUUCCCUCUUGGGAACAACGCCAUCUUCUACGCCCAAUUAUAUCAACUCGAGAAAAUGUGCUGUUUUCCGGGAUUAUGGCUUCACAUUCCAACGAGCAAAUCUCACCGAUUGA